AGGAUGGGGUCAGAUCUUGGCCUACAUGGCUUUCUGCGAAGUCUCCCAGGAACAGACCCCAGGAACUGAUGCGUAUGCUGGAGACUUUGGAUUCAAGGUGUUGACCGCGGCUGACCCGGCUGAGAAAACCAAAAAACUCAAUGCCGAAAUUGCAAACGGAAGACUUGCGAUGAUGGCCAUCAUCGGCAUGUUUUUCCAGGAUGGUCUGACCGGAAGCGCCUGGGGAGACUGGGCCAACUACACAGCAUCUCCUUUGCGCGCCUUCGAGAAUGAACUCGGCGUGCAGGCGCCGGUGGGUUUCUGGGAUCCCGCCGGAUUUACCGCCGAUGGAAGCGUGGAGGACUUCAAGCGACGUCGCGCCACCGAGAUCAAGCAUGGUCGCAUUUCGAUGUUGGCCACCAUGGGAUACAUCACCCCAGAGAUCACUGGCAAAUUCCCUGGCUACUUAUCUCCAUCCGCCGGUUUGAAGUUCGCCGAUGUGCCUAAUGGUUUGGCUGCUAUCUCAAAGGUCCCAGCUGCAGGAUGGGGUCAGAUCUUGGCCUACAUGGCUUUCUGCGAAGUCUCCCAGGAACAGACCCCAGGAACUGAUGCAUAUGCUGGAGACUUUGGAUUCAAGGUGUUGACCGCGGCUGACCCGGCUGAGAAAACCAAGAAGCUCAAUGCCGAAAUUGCAAACGGAAGACUUGCGAUGAUGGCCAUCAUCGGCAUGUUUUUCCAGGAUGGUCUGACCGGAAGCGCCUGGGGAGACUGGGCCAACUACACGGCAUCUCCUUUGCGCGCCUUCGAGAAUGAACUCGGCGUGCAGGCGCCGGUGGGUUUCUGGGAUCCCGCAGGCUUUACGGCCGACGGAAGCGUGGAGGACUUCAAGCGACGUCGUGCAACCGAGAUCAAGCAUGGUCGCAUUUCGAUGUUGGCCACCAUGGGAUACAUCACCCCAGAGAUCACUGGCAAAUUUCCUGGCUACUUAUCUCCAUCCGCCGGUUUGAAGUUCGCCGAUGUGCCCAAUGGUUUGGCUGCCAUCUCAAAGGUCCCAGCUGCAGGAUGGGGUCAGAUCUUGGCCUACAUGGCUUUCUGCGAAGUCUCCCAGGAACAGACCCCAGGAACUGAUGCGUAUGCUGGAGACUUUGGAUUCAAGGUGUUGACCGCGGCUGACCCGGCUGAGAAAACCAAAAAACUUAAUGCCGAAAUUGCAAACGGAAGACUUGCGAUGAUGGCCAUCAUCGGCAUGUUUUUCCAGGAUGGUCUGACCGGAAGCGCCUGGGGAGACUGGGCCAACUACACGGCAUCUCCUUUGCGCGCCUUCGAGAAUGAACUCGGCGUGCAGGCGCCCGUGGGUUUCUGGGAUCCCGCAGGUUUCACGGCCGACGGAAGCGUAGAGGACUUCAAGCGACGUCGUGCUACCGAGAUCAAGCAUGGUCGCAUUUCGAUGUUGGCCACCAUGGGAUACAUCACCCCAGAGAUCACUGGCAAAUUUCCUGGCUACUUAUCUCCAUCCGCGGGUUUGAAGUUCGCCGAUGUGCCUAAUGGCUUGGCUGCCAUCUCAAAGGUCCCAGCUGCAGGAUGGGGUCAGAUCUUGGCAUACAUGGCCUUCUGCGAGGUUUCCCAGGAUCAGACCCCAGGAACUGAUGCGUAUGCUGGAGACUUUGGAUUCAAGGUGUUGACUGCGUCCGACCCUGCUGAGAAAACCAAGAAGCUCAGUGCCGAACUUGCGAACGGAAGGCUGGCGAUGAUGGCUAUCAUCGGCAUGUUUUUCCAGGAUGGCUUGACCGGAAGUGCCUGGGGUGAUUGGGCCAACUACACUGCCUCACCUUUGCGCUGAGUUGUUUGCACGCCAUUGCUAGCUCCAAUUCGAGAUCCUGGCAACUUGCUGGGAUCUGGUAUCAAUCUAGAUAAACCUGUGAGGGUUCAAAGUUAAAGGGUUUAAGGCUAACGUUUCAAUCGGUUUCAAGGGUUU